UUCGGACGGACGGUAGAUCCAUCAGCAUGAAGAAACGUGACUGUUCUCCUGCUCAUGCCCAUUAAACUUUGCCGUUGCCACAACGGAUGGUGCCGAGCGUCCCUAGCAUCAGGGAACGUCAAGGGCAGGGGAAGUUUUCUCUUUUCCUAUUUUACGACGGGAAAUCUAUAAAUACAGAGCGCGCGCCUGUCAAGGAUUAACAAAAGUCCUGGUGCUGCAAGGGGGGACGGUCGGGAAACCUUUGGCUGGAUUAGAAGUGAAUAAACCGGACAUGGCAGAUAGUCUACGGAGGCUGGUGAACUCAUCAUCCUUCAGCCUUCUGCAGCAGAAAUUAGAGUCGUGGUACAAAGACUAUCAUGUGAUCUCAUGCGACCAGAACCUUAAUCGCUGCUGUGAGCUGGUGGAGUUGACCUCCAAACUCCAAGGCCAGCUCUUCAACAUACUCAGCCAGACAGCCAGAGAGGGUGGUCACUAUGCGGGUGUGGAGACCCUGAAGUCUCGGCUGCUGCCUUGGCUGGGCACCUGCUUCUCCUUGGCCUCCUCCUCCGUCACCACCGAUACCAGCCUUAAUCUCAUUCAGGACUCUGUGGAGAAGGACAGGAGGCUGCGUGAGCUGGCUGUGUCCCAUGAGAGUGAGAAGCAGAGGAUGGAGACGGAGCUGUGCUCCACUCGCCUGGAACUCAACUCUGUCAGACAGGACCUGGCGGAUGCCAAGAUGGCCCUGGACGACACUAAGACCAAGUCGGCCACCACCAUGCUGGCCACAGAGGACGAGAUACUGCAGCUGAGAACAGAGCUGCGCUCGGCACAGGACCAGGUGGAGGUGUACAAGAGGAGGCUGGAGGCGCUGGAUGACUAUGAGAGGCAGAUCCGCAUCCUCAGAGACGAGGUGUCCAUCCUGGCAUCCGAGAAGACCAUGCUGCAGGAGAGGCUGGUGAGGAGUCGCUCCCCGAGCCCCCUCCCCCUUCUUCGCCGCAGUCGUGCCAGCAGCCCGGUGCGUGGCGAGUCCCCGACGCGCGCCCAGCUCACCAACUCUGCCCGCCACGCCCGGCUGGUGUCGCGCUUCAGCGACCUGUACGCCACGGAGCGGCUGGAGGCCCAGAGCCUGCUGCGGCGCUACGUCGAGGACCUGGAGACCGUGCAGAGGAUCAUCUUCAUCGCCACCACGGAGGCCUUCCAGGCUGCUAAGCUGGCCUUCAGGCAGUUCAAGCUGCGGGUGCGAAAGACCCUGGCUCCCUCACACCUGGAUCCGGACGCUCUUGAGGACUCUGUGAUUGAUUACAUCGUCCGCAACGUUGACCUUUAUGACGUCCAGGGCAGCGUUGACGUGGUCAUCAACGCUAUGAACGUGAACCCGCGCAUUGCCUUCCCUGCGGAGGUGGACUUUGUGCUCAUCAGCAGCUUCAUCAGGGAGGUGUGCCGCAUCGCCUUCUCCAUGCAGACGCUGGACCCCCCGCUCGACCUGGCCUUCAGCACUGACGGGGAGCUCUACAACGACACCAAGUAUCGCCGCAGCUAUGACUCGGAGUUCACGGCGCCCCUGGUGGUGUACCACGUGUGGCCCGCCCUCGUGGAGGACGACACCGUCAUCGUGAAGGGAGAGGCCGUCACCAGGAGGGGCGUUCUGUGGAGGAGCAGGAGCCGGAGCACCAGCCCUGUACGCUCUCGUUCUGGAAGCCCCACCCGCACGCUCAUGACUAGUCUGAACCGCAGUGUCUCACCUCAGCGUCUGACAGUCAGCCGUCUGUGAACCUCUGACCGCCCUCCCAGCUCCAGGCCUACAGUCCCCUAUAGCAGUAUAUACACAGAGACUCAAACUUAUGAAUGUAUAAACUUAAACUAUAUCAUUCCGAUGAAGAUGCUAUAAAGAAACCCACUGAUCAGCUUUAAA